AUGAAGAAGAGCAUUUCAAACCCUGGGUCAGUUAGAGGAGAGGCUCCUAGACCUGCACCACCUCCACCUAGACCUGCACCUCCACCUCAAUUAGAUAGAUCAGUUUCACAUCGUAUUCCUCCUAACCCAACGUCAGCAUCACGUACCCUUGAAAGAGCCAAAUCGCAACAAUCGCAACAAUCCAAACCAGCUGGUCCUUCUAGUAGUAUUGCGACUCCAAAUUCAUAUAAUCGCGCUCCACCACCAAUUCAUAACCCUCAAGUUCAAUUAGCUAAGCAACCAUCUGCUGCUUCUGCAGCACUUGCUAGAGCAGCCUCUAAAAAUAACAAAGUUAUACCACAAAUACCACCAUCACUCCAACCACAAUCACAACCACCACAGCAACAAUCUCCACAACAAGGUCCUGGACCUGUUCCACGUAGAAGAGAGAAUAACAAUGUUUCAAAACAGCAAUCAGAAGCAGAAAUUAUUCUCAAAUUACAAUCAAUUUGUACAGACGCUGAUCCAACAAAGUUGUACAAGAAUCUGGUAAAGAUUGGUCAAGGUGCAAGUGGUGGAGUUUAUACCGCUUAUCAAACAGGAACCAAUUUAUCAGUUGCAAUUAAACAAAUGAAUUUAGAACAACAACCGAAGAAAGAUUUAAUUAUCAAUGAAAUUAUAGUUAUGAAAUCAUCUAGACAUGUUAAUAUCGUGAACUUCAUUGACAGUUUCCUCUUCAAAGGUGAUUUAUGGGUAGUAAUGGAAUACAUGGAAGGUGGUUCAUUAACUGAUGUCGUUACUUGUAAUAUUAUGACAGAAGGACAAAUUGCAGCAGUUUCAAGAGAAAUAUUGGAAGGUUUAAGACACUUGCAUGAUCAUGGAGUUAUUCAUAGAGAUAUAAAAUCUGAUAACAUAUUGUUAUCGAUGCAAGGUGAUGUAAAAUUAACAGACUUUGGAUUCUGCGCAAGAAUUGGUGAAAACGCUAUGUAUGCUAAGAGAACAACGAUGGUCGGUACACCAUAUUGGAUGGCACCUGAAGUCGUUACACGUAAAGAGUAUGGAAGUAAAGUUGAUGUUUGGUCACUUGGUAUUCUUGCCAUUGAAAUGGUUGAAGGUGAACCACCAUACUUGAAUGAAAAUCCACUUAGAGCACUAUACUUAAUUGCUACGAACGGAACACCAAAAAUACAAAGUCCAGAGAAUUUAUCGCCGGUAUUUAGAGAUUUCUUAGCACGUUGUUUAGAAGUUGAUUGUGAAAGGAGGCUGAACGCAGUUGAUAUGCUUAGACAUCCAUUCUUGUCUUUAGCUGAACCAUUAAGAACGCUUGGACCAUUAAUUAAAGCCGCAAGGGAACAAUCAAAGAAGUAA